GGGGAGUUGGCGGCUUUAUUAAGAGACAUCCCGGGGAAGGGCCAGCGGUCGCCGCCUGGGGGCGCCGCCGCUUCCCCGCGAGGUGCCCACCCGCGGUGCGCGCACGCGAGGCCUCCCACCGCGCCUGCGCUGAGGGUGUACGCCGGCUUGCUUUUCCCCGACGCCAGCCGUCCCGGCCGGGGUGAAAAACUGCGUGACACGCAGUGAACGUGGCGGCCAUCUUCCUCCUCUGGGCACGUCAGCUGAGCCUGUGACGGCUGAAGAGGAGCGUUGCGCAAGCGCGACCAAGACGGUCACAGGUAACUCCCAUCUGACGGGCGAGGCGUCGCCGUCGUCGCCGGAAGUUUGGCGUAUCUGCGCUGGGAGAGCGGCGGCAGUCGCGGCAGACGCGGCUCUCUCCUGAUACCCGGAUGUGAGGCGAUUCGCUGGCUCGUGUUGGACCGUCGGCAGGAGUGAGGAAGAUUAAUUCCCAAACAUAGGAAGCUGUUAGAGGCAUCAUUCAUUUGGAAACAACAUCAGUCAACUUAAAGAAACAGUGAUAAUGUGAUUUCUGGCUCAGUAAGUGUGAAGAGUGAAAACAAGAAUGAAGACAUUUAUGAUGAUCCACUUCCAUUUAAUGAAUAGUAAAUAAUCAUCAUGCCAUACAGUUAAUAAACUUAUCUGUUGUGUGUGUGUGUCUUCGUGUGAGAAUCUAACAACUGUAUGGCAAGAACUGUCUGAGACGUUUUCUGUCAUCAUCCUCAUCAUCAUUGCUUAAGUGUUCAUCGUGUAGAAAAUCAUGUACAAGACUUAUAUGGAAGUGGAUAGCCUAUCCUUAUGUAGGCAUAAGGUGCUGUGUAACGUGUUAAGAGGAUACUUUAAGGAAUGAGUUUGCCAAAUUCUCAUGAGUUAUGGUGGCUGAAAGAUCAAUUCUGUCUUGUGGGAAAAGAAUUAAAUGGCAGCACAAAAGGAAAUCUAUAUUAAUAGAGUAUUUUAUUAAACGAAAGAGGUUAGAUAAGAACUUUAAACUAACAGGCUCAGCAAACAAGGAAAGAAACCUGUUAGCUGUAAGACAUGUUUCAAGUGAAUCGAAGUCCAGUAACUGUAGACUUCAGAAGAAAAAAGGUUUCAAAAUCUUUGUCAAUACAGGUCAGUGAUAAAUAAUUCUUCCAGUAAUAGGGCUAGGCCUGAAUACCAUUAUUAAUUGAAAAAUUAACAAAACAGAUUGAACCUGAAUUUUUAUUUCACAAAAAGUUCUUAAAAUAUCAAAUUAGAAUUAAAUUGUCCUCAAAUUUCUAUUGCCUUGUCCAGCAGUAAAGCAAAUAUCUUUCAGCCUUCAUAUCAGAUUUUCUCAUGUCCUAGGGAUGACCGAAACCUUACUUGAAGCAAACUAGUAUUUUUGUUGAAAAUGUUCAUCAGUCUCAAAGUUGAUUUUUAAGACCUCCUCAGUAAUAAUACUAGACAUUCAGCAUUCGCACCUAUCAGGACACGAAAAUUCUCCCAAAAACUACUCAGAAAAGGAGGACCUUACUCAGGAAUGAUGUCCAUUCAGGAGAAAUCAAAAGAAAAUUCCUCUAAUGUUGUUAGAAAAAGUGAAGAUAAGAAUUUAGAAACACAAAUUCAAGGUUCUCAAACGAAUCUGGCAAAAAAAUCAGGUCCAAAGGAAGCUGUAAAAUCACUGGUUAAAUCUUCUAGUGAGAGUAAAAUAAAUCAACCUGGAUUAGGAACAUGCAUGAGUACAAGGUCAGCAAAAGCCACGUCCAAUGAUAAAAAAGCUAGUAAAUCCAUUAAUAAAAAUAUGGUGACUGUGAAGGGAAAUUUACAAGAAUCUACAAAAAAGAAGAAAUUACCUCAGAAAAAGUCAGUGCAUGGAACUCCUAAAUCAAAUGAACAGCUUAACCGGAGAUCACAAAGACUACAACAGUUAACAGAAGUUUCAACGAGGUCUCUGCGUAAUAGAGAAAUUCAGGGUCAGGUUCAAGCAGUUAAACAGACUUUGCCACCAAGGAAAGAGCACUGUAACAAUUCUCAAAGUAAAUCUAACAAAGCUAAAGCAAGUCAAAAACAUGUGAAAAGAAAAGUACCAGAAAUAAAGUCUGAUUCUAAAGAGGAUGAAAAUCUAGUAAUUAACGAAGUAAUAAAUUCCCCCAAAGGAAAAAAACGCAAAGUAGAGCAUCAAACAGCUUCUACUUGCAGUUCUCAGUGCACAAAAGGAUCUGAAAAAUGUCUUCAGAAGAAUACUAGAAAAGAGGAAAUAAAAUCUGUGCCUGUAACUUCUGAGAUAAGAAGAUCAAAAAUGGUUACUUCAGCAGUCUCUGAAAAGAAUGAGGUGAAGUCCGUUUAUACACAAGUGAAUACUAGUGCAAAAUCCCAAAAAAGUCCACAGCCGUCAGUGCCUGAAGAAAGGGUAGAUAAUGAGCUGGAGCAAGCGGGAAAGAGCAAACGAGGUAGCAUUCUUCAGCUCUGUGAAGAAAUUGCUGGUGAGAUUGAGUCUGAUACUGUAGAGGUAAAAAAGGAAUCUUCACAAAUGGAAACUGUAAAGGAGGAGAAGCCUACAGAAAUAAAAUUGGAAGAGACUGAUAAUGAAAGACAAAUACUUCAUCAGAAGGAAACCAAUCAGGAUGUUCAAUGUAAUCGUUUCUUUCCCAGUAGAAAAACAAAGCCUGUGAAAUGUAUACUAAAUGGAAUAAACAACUCAACUAAAAAGAACUCCAACUGGACUAAAAUUAAACUCUCAAAAUUUAACUAUGUGCAGCAAAAUAAGUUGGACUCUCAAGUUUCCCCUAAAUUGGGCUUAAUACGAACUAGUUUUUCACUUCCAGCCUUAGAAAUGCAUCAUCCAACUACUCAAAGUACAUUUUUAGGGACAAAACUACAUAAUGAUAAAAAUACAGCUUGCCAGCAGGAAGAAAUGAAAGAAAUUAAUUCUGAAGAAGUUAAAACUAAUGAUGUUACAGUUGAAGUUAAUAAAACCACAAAAAGGUCUUCUGAAAAUUGCCAUUUGGAUAAACAGAUAAAACCACCUCCUGACCCACCUUUGGAUAACCAGAGGAAAGAUUCUUUUGAAUCAGCACCAGAUAAGAAUUUCAGUGUGUGUUUGGAAUCCAAGAUUGAAAACAAUCCAGUGGGAAAUACCUCUACUGUUUCGGCUCUGCUCAGCCAAGCAAAAAUUGAUACAGGGGAGAAUAAAUUUCCAGGUUCAGCUCCCAAACAGCAUACUGUACUCAGCAACCAAACAUCUAAGACCAGUGAUAACAGGGAGACACCACCAAAUCAUUCUUGGACUAAGUGUAAUUCCCAUUUGGAGAUAACAAUUCCAAAGGACUUGAAACUAAAAGAAACAGAUAAAGUUGAUGAAAAACAGUUGAUCAUAGAUGCAGGACAGAAAAGAUUUGGAGCAGUUUCCUGUAAUGUUUGUGGCAUGCUUUACACAGCUUCAAAUCCAGAAGAUGAAACACAGCAUCUGCUCUUCCAUAACCAGUUUAUAAGUGCUGUAAAAUAUGUGGGUUGGAAAAAGGAAAGAAUUUUGGCUGAAUAUCCUGAUGGCAGGAUAAUAAUGGUUCUUCCUGAAGACCCAAAGUAUGCUCUGAAAAAGGGGUACAGAGUUAUAGAAGAGAAGCAUCCAGUUAUCAGGUCAGAAGAAGAAAAAGUCAGAUUUGAAAGGCAGAAAGCCUGGUGCUGCUCAACAUUACCAGAGCCUGCAAUCUGUGGGAUCAGUCGGAUAUGGGUGUUCAGCAUGAUGCGUCGGAAGAAAAUUGCUUCUCGCAUGAUUGAAUGCCUGAGGAGUAACUUUAUAUAUGGCUCAUAUUUGAGUAAAGAAGAAAUUGCUUUCUCAGAUCCCACUCCUGAUGGAAAACUAUUUGCAACACAGUACUGUGGCACUGGUCAGUUUCUGGUAUAUAAUUUUAUUAAUGGACAAAAUAGCACCUAAAACAAAUUUGUGCCUGCAGUACUAGAAGACAUCUACUGAAGAGAAUGGAUUGGUUGCUGACUUUAACCAGGAACUAGGGCCAUUUUUAUUACAAUGAACUCAGGACUGGCAACAACCAUAAGGUUGUUCCAUUUUCAUAAAAUUGGAAACAAUGCAGUAAUAGCUUAUUAUUGUUUUGUUUUUUAAAGAAGAUAUUUUAUUAUCUUUUACAGAAAUUUAUGAUUGAUGUAUUUUAUCUAUAGUUAUUUAGACAUGUUUACAUGCAGCAGAUAAUUGUUCAUAGUGGACUGAAAACUAAUGCAAGGACUAUGGUCUCAGUGAUAAGUAUAUUUUGAAGUUCUUAAUAUGGAAAUAUACCAGUGUAGCUUGGUACUGUAUUUUUUUAUAUUGAUCUGCUGAUACCAGUUAUAGUUUUAAAGAUUGUAUUUUUACAGAGCGGAAACCAAUGUUUUGGGUUCUUAUCCAAGGAGGGGGCAAUAUUGCACGUUAAGGAAUUCAGAGCUAAUUCUUAAAUGGCCUGAAAUACAUUCUGAAGGCACCCUUGCAAAAAGGCAAAGUUCCAAAUUAGCAGGAAGAAUUUGGGAGCUUUUUCUUCCAUUUCUUUCUUUCCUAUUCUUGAAGCAGGAAGAAGUGGAAGGUGGUAAAGAAUUGAGGCUUUUCUUCUUGGAGAGCUAUAAAGUGACUAGAAUUAGAAAAUACCCUCUAAAAUUUAUUAUUCUUUCAUUCUGGUUUUAUUUCUUAAAAUAAAUGGCACCUGGGCACACUUAGGCUAUUAACAAAUCCCAAAGAGGUUUAUAAAAACCUGUGGAAUAGUUGUAAGCUAACUAUGGAUGACUUGGUAUCUGCUUUGUUAUUCCUCAGAAAUACUACACUGAGUAUAUGCCCGCGUUACUGGACUUCAUUUUGAUACUUGUCUAUCCUUCAUAGUGCCCUCUACUUUUAAAGGGUUUAUAUGUUGAAAAACUGCUGUGGCCUUUUAUGACCUGUAUAUAAUGUAGAAUAAAAUAAUAAAAUACUUGAUAGCUUUUUCUAAGUGAUAAA